AUGGCCGUCGACGCAAUGGACAUUGAUACCUCCCCGGCCCGGACUGUGGACGAGCGCAAGCGCAAGCACAAGAAUAAGGAUGCAACGCCGUCGAAGAAGCGCAAGCAAACGGAGACACUGAAGUCGAGUGCCAGCUCGAAAAGCAAAAAGGGCGCCACGGACACGACAUCGACCGAGCCCAAGACCGAGCCGGAUUCGCCGUUCACGCUUACCACGGCCACAAUCUACCUGCCCCUCUCGCCCAUCUCCAUCUCGCCGACGCAUGCGCUAGCCUCGCUGCUCGCGGAGCAUCUCUCGCCGCUGCUCCUGACCUACUUCCCGCCGCUGAAGGGCAUUGUCCUGGCAUACUCGAAUGCAUCCAUCUCCAGCCGACCGCCCUCAUCGACGGGCCGGCCGUCGUCCGACCCGAACCCUCAGCCGCUGACUCUCGCGACCACCGCCGACGAGUACGGUGUGCUGUAUGUGUAUCUAACGGCGACCUUCCUCGUCUUCCGCCCAAAGCGCGGCCAAACCCUCGAGGGGUUGGUCAACGUGCAGUCCGAGGGCUUUCUGGGCGCCGUCGUCCUCAAUCUUUUCUCUGUUGGCAUUGAGCGCAAACGCCUGCCCAAGAACUGGACGUGGGUUCCACCGGGCGACGAAGAUGAAGAAGGAGAGUCCGCGGGCAGGGCAUCUGCGAAAAAGAGCGCCCCGACUACCGACGAUGAGUCGGGCGAGGACCGCGAGCCGGCCGGCUUCGACGCCGACAAGGAGCAUUUCCAGCCCACCGCGUUAGCAGAGGAAAUUACUAUCGGCGGUGACGACAAAAACGAUGACGACUCGGCCACGGGCUAUUUUCAGUCCGUCUCGGGGCACCGGGUGCGUGGAUCUGUGCGGUUCCGCGUCGUGGACGUCGAUGUCAUCCCGGGCACGGAUCGCGAUCGAGGCUUUUUGAGUAUUGAAGGCACGAUGCUCUCCCCCGCGGAAGAGGAGUCUGUUUUGGAGGCCGAGCGCCAGGGCCGGUCCUUCCCGCCGUCACUCUACAUCCCGCCUAGGGGUGUGACGCGCAUUGUGCCCUUGGCCCCGCCGGCCGAGCACAAUGUCUCUGUCGUGGACAUCGAGGCUCCGAGCGAAGGGAAGGAAAAGGAUAAGAAGAAGAAGACCAAGGACGGUAAAGACAAAAAGGACAAGAAGUCCAAGUCCAAGAAGAAAGAAAAGGUCCACGGUUAG